AUUGAAAAAUUAUCUCAAAUAAAUUUGCCCGCUAAAGAUAUCUGAAAUCAUAGUAUGGAGGAUCUAACUAAAUAUGACCCUCUGUGCAUUGUCACUUUGAAACUCUGGCAGGGGAUUUUUCAGAUUUAUAAAUAAAACAUUGACAGAUACUUUUUAUAAAACGGAAUGUUUAACGUGACGUUGUAUGUGGGGUUUCACACUUACUGCAUAGAAAUUAUACUGUUAUUUUGAUUUAAAAUUAAUGUAACGACAGCAUUUUAAAAUCCACAAUGCCACAGAGAAAUCGAGUAGGAAAGAUAUUGGAUAAAGGUAUCAUUCACGAAAACGUUCAUUACCUAAUUCGAUGGAAGGGUUUCGAUUCAAACUGGGACACAUGGGAACCCCUGGGUAAUUUAGUGGACUGUUUACAGCUUGUCAAGGACUUUGAUGCCAAGAGAGAAGCCUCAUCUCAAAGGCUUGAUUCUGUCUUAGAAGCUGUGGCAAGGGGAAAUAACAACCAAACUCCAACGAAAAAGAAAAGUAAGGAGAAUGGCAAGUUACCAGAAAGAGGGUCACCAGUAGUCAAAUCUGCAGCUUCACAUAGCCAUGCCUCACCAAAAAAGAAUUCCUCUCCAAAAUCACCCCAACAGCAGAGUCCAUAUAAGAUUUCUGUUAAAAAUGUUAAAGGUGUCAAAGACAAAAAGAUUCGUCAGAAACUGGCAAGAGAGAGGAGUAAACUCUUUAUUGACAUGAAAAUCGAUACCUACACACCAACAAAGAAUGAAAGUGCUCAAAGCUCCGGGGAAGACGAGAAAAAGAAAGUACCCAUAAGGAGUCUGGAACAGGGCCCUCUACCAGUGAACUCUAGUCAAAGGUCACCAAAAAAGACAGAAACUAAUGUCUCUCCAAAGAAGGAAUUAGAAAAUGAUACCAAAUCAGAUAUGGUUAAUAGUAAAAGUGCUGAAAAAAAAUUAACACCUGAGAAUUCACCCCCGAAAGAAAAAAUGGACAAAGAUACUAAAAAGGUUCAAAGUAAUGGUGUACAGAAUGAAAAGAAAAUCAAGCUUAAAAAAGCUGAUGAUUCAGAAAAGGUGAUGAGAGACAAAAAAUAUAAAAACUCUGUCAAAUUUGCAAUGAAAGUAAAACUAAAGCCAUCUUUAAAAGUGAAAAAAGCCAGUGUGAAAUCUGUGAAAAAAAACGAGAAAGAUAAAGAGGAAGUCAGUAAAAAUGUCAAGAAGAAAGCUUUGAAAGAUGGAAAGAAGAGUUCCGACGAUAGUCCAGGAGCAAAGAAAAUGAAAAAAUCUGAUUCCAAGACUCAGUUGAGUAUUGUGAAAAAGGACAAGACAUUGAAGGGCAAAGGAGAAAAACCAAAGAAAAGCAAAACUGCAAAGCACAAAAGUGAGGAGGACUAUUGCAUUGUCGAGUGUUCCACUUCUGAUACUGAUGACGAACCUUUGUCAAAUAUAAAAGUUAAAAAGUCAAAGGAAAGCAGCAGUGAUUCCACAAAUAAUAAGAAGAAGGAGGAGAAAAAGAUCUCACCCAAGUUGAAGUCUGGUCAGGAGGGAAACAACCAGUCAUUCAAAGUCAAGCCAAAGCAACUGACCAUCAACAAUGUGAAGAGGAAGUUGGAGGUUCGUGUUCAGCCCCUAGGGAACAUCUCAAAAUCCAAAAAAAUUAAAUUGAUUGACAGCAAAAGGGACAGAGAAAUGGCUACAGUUCGACCAGUGUCACCCAGUACAUCAUACACCACAGUGAAGCCUGUGACCAUCAGUGGUGUGGGGGUGGUCAAUCUGGUGGUGGACAGUGACCGGUCGGUCCCGCUGUGUGGGGACGUCCCCGGGACCCAGUACAUCCCCUCAGUGAUCCCCAUCAGCCCCUCCUCUGUCUCCUACAAGUCUUUACUGGACAACAUGCCAUUGUCCCUUCUUGCCAGGAAAGGAGGUUCCAAGAAGAAGGACAGCGAUGACGCCUCGGAGGAUGACCAGGAGAGGGUGGAGAGGAGGAUCAGUGUCCGACAGAGUGAAUGUGCAUACAGGUACAAGGACAUUGUUGUAAGGAAAUGCCAACGGUACACACAGAUCUGGCUUAACACUCACACUAAGAUUAAAAACGUUCUUAAUCCACAGGUUAUUCAAGAAAUUGUGCAAGCCUUGAACUCAGCCAAAUAUGAUGACAGCAGCUUGAUAUUGUUCAGCGGGUUGGGGAACGUGUUCUGUAAUGGAGUGGAUCUCCUGUUCCUAUUGUCUGGGGAGCGCAGAGUUGUUGUGCGCCAAAUGGUGGAUGCUCUCAGGGAUUUUACCAAGGCUCUGAUCACCUUUCCUAAGCCUGUGAUAGCGGUGGUGAACGGACCUGCGGUGGGGCUGGGGAUGGCCAUGCUGCCCCUGUGUGAUAUCGUCUAUGCCAGUGAUAAGGCCACCUUCUAUCUGCCUUACUCCGCCCUGUCUCAGACCCCCGAGGGCUGUGCCUCCUACACUCUCCCCCAGUCUGUGGGGAUGGCUAUGGCAAAUGAAUUGCUUUUGGGUGGUAGAAAAGUGACAGCUAUAGAAGCCUGCCAGCUGGGGCUAGUAUCUCAAGUAUUAUGGCCAACAUCCAUGAUGCAAGAGGUCAUUCCUAAAAUACAGAACAUUGCACUCAACUCAGCUAAGGCGUUAGAAACCACCAAGUUACUGCUGCGGAGUCACCAAAGAACAAAGCUGGAGCUGACUUGCGAGUCGGAGAGCAACAUUCUGUUAGAGCGCUGGCAAUCGUCGGAGUGUCAGAAGUCGAUCCAGGCAUUCAUCAGUAACGAGGAAAACUACAGCACGUAGAGAGAUUGUGUGAAUAAUUGUCUACAGCACUUAAUGAUUGUUUGAACUACUGACAAGGAAGUUAAAACUUGAUCUCAUCAUUCAGGAAGUAACAGGCUUUCUCAACUAUCUGGAGUAUCCACAAGGACGUCUUGUACAGAAAAAAUUUCCCAUGUACCAGUUCUCUAAAGCCAAGAGUUGGUUCAUUGUUAUCCUUCAGAAGCUUACACCUAUACAUAAUAAUUAACUUGUCAAUAAAAGAUUUUUAAUCUAUAAUUAAUGAAACCUUGUUCAGCUUAACAAAGGAAAAGUAAAUUGUAAAUGCUAUGUAAAAAGCUUACUUUGUCUCAGUAUGUAAACCAUGUAAACCCAUUGUUACAAGAAAUCGUCUUCAGGGAAUACCAUUGUGAAUUUAAUUAUCAGGGCACAUAGAGAAUCCAAAUACAUGUAUAUAUAUUGUUUAUUUUAUCCAGACUCUUUAAGAAUUGUUAAAGGAAAACUUUUCUUAAUUCUUUGCAGUUUUAUCCAGCAGUUUCUUUGCAUUUGUUUGGUUUUUUGCUGUAAAACAUGACCUGUUUUUAGCAUCUUUUGAUGUUUUUGGUGUAGAAGAUGGUUGCUUGCAACACAUGUUGGAAUGUAAGGAGGUUUGUCUGUGAUAAAUUAUUUUAUGUUCAACAACUGAGAGGGAAACAUCUGGUUCCUGUUGAUACAAGUGUAGAUAGCUGUCAUUUUUAGAAUGAAUUGCAUGUAUAUUUUUGUAGUGUUGGAAAUUGUUUAAUCCUUGUUUCAUAAUGAAUAUUAAUAUUAAGUACCUUAAUCAUCAUUGAUGUACUUCCCUUGAGGAACUGUGAAUAUUUAUUGCCAAAUCUUUUUGCAGUGAGAAAAUUAGUCUCCAAAAUUUUGCUAAAAAGUACUUUAAAUUGAUUUGAAUCUCUUAUCUUUAAAUCUUAAGUACCAGUACUUAACAUCAACCAAUCAAAAAUCUUAAAAUUGAAAACUGUUUUCCUAAUCCUUACCCCUCUCCUUUGCCUCUCUCAUUUUUUAUGCAUUGAUUUAGAUGGUUCAGUAGUUAAAAUGUAUGUUUGUACUGUAUUACUUAAAUUUUUUUUAAGUGGAAUCUUCAAUGUACGAGUGUUAUACAGAGAAACAAUUGGUACUUCUGUUAGAUGUGGAUUGUUCUACAAUUUUAAGGGAUGUGUAUUUGCUUCCUUUUUAUCCUUAAUGAAUCGUUAGGAAAAGGAAAUGUAAAAGAAUCACAAACCUGUGUUACUUCGUUUACUUGUCACAGAAGCACCAGUCUUCUUUUUAUAUCUGGGCAAUGGCAGCAAAAGAUUUGACUUUUACUUCAACCAUUUUUUUUCGUGUUCAGGAAUACAGAAUUCUGAUUUGAUCACUUGUCAUAAACAAUUGAUACAUAUAAAAUAUACCAUAUAUACUCCCAUUGUAAACUAUUUCAUCUUGCCUUGGUACAUAAGUAUCUGUCAUAUUUUAUUAGUUUUAAUUGUAUUUUAUGAAAUUCAAUAUGGAUAUGGAAAAUAUUCCUAUUUGCAAUAUAUUUGAUUUGUGACUGUAAUUGUAAAUAUAUGGUAUUUAGACUCAUAUAAUUCAUUUCUGGAAAUUAUCAGUUUAACAUGCAUGUUGCAAGUUAACAGUAUUAGCUUUAGUUCUGAUUUUAGCAAGCAUAAUUUAUUUUCCAUCCUCCAUUUUUUUUUCUCCACAUGAGCAUGUUUUUUUCAUGUUGGAAUAUUGGAGUUAAAUUAUUCAUAUUGUUAUUUAUUCAAUGUAAUAAUUCAGUGAUCUUUGUCCAACACUUAAAUUAUUUGUAAGAAAUGUUCAUAAUUUAUUGAUUUUUUUUUCACAUCAAUAUGUGAAUUCAUCUCAGAUACAUUAAAGGUAAAUGAA